AAAAUUAGAGUCGAUUUUGAUCAUAAAUAUUUUUUAUGUGUCGAACCAAAAAGGAUUCUAGUUAAUUGUAUUAUAAAUUCUAUAUGGGAAGGCAUCCAACCAAACAACGUUUAUAAAUCAUCAAAAUUCAUAGUAAAAUCGUGCUCUGUGGAAAUGUUUUUCGAAAACUCAGACAAAUGUGUUAGCAUUUCGGGUUGAACGGAAACAUUAACAAGCAAAAUUGUUGCAUUUGGUAUGAUGAGCAACUAAAUGCUACAUAAAGGGUGUUCGGAUCAAAAAGUGGUCAAACUAAAUUGCGUGUAAAUCGAUUAUUUGUUUAUUAAAAAAAUCAAAGUAUCUUUCUUUUUGAAGUUCAAUAUGUAUAAAAAACGGAAGAAAUACUCAGUUAAGAUUUCGGUCGACCUAGUCCAAAUUGGUGAGCCUUUCGUUUGACGCCUGCCAUCAGAUUUUGUACAGUCACCUUAUCCACUUUCUUUGCCGCAGAACGCCAGUUUGCUUUGAACUGCUUCUCGCUGCUAACAGUUUUUUGGGUCUUCUUAAGGUUCUGCUUAACUAUCGCCCAAUAUUUUUCGAUUGGGCGAAGUUCUGGUGUGUUGGGAGGGUUCUUAUCCUUGGGCACAACCUGCAUCUUGUUAGCGGCAUACCACUCCAUGGCCUUUUUUCCAUAAUGGCAGGAUGCCAAAUCCGGUCAAAACAGCACAGACAAGUCAGGAAAGGCAGCAAACGCUUUUGAAGACACUCUUUCACGUAAAUUUCCUGGUUAACGGUCCCGGUUGCAACAAAAAUGUCGCUUUUCAAGCCACAGGUACAGAUAGCUUGCCAAACGCGAUAUUUCUUGGCAAACUUUGAUAGUUUAAUAUGCUUGAAAAUGUCUGCCACCUUUCCCCUUCCGGUUGCUGUAUAAAACUCUUGUCCAGGAAGCUGUCUGAAGUCUGCCUUGACGUGGGUUUCGUCGUCCAUUAUCACGCAAUCAAACAUUGUCAACUAUGUCGUAUACAGCUUCCGAGAUCUUGUUUUUGCCGUAAGGUUUUUCUUAUCGUUGCGAUUUGGAGUCAUUACCUUCUUAUAAGUCGAUAGUCCGGAUCGUUUUUAGCUUCAUGCACGGUUGUAGACGAUAUUCCCAACUUAUUUGCGACAUCUUGAACGGAGAGGUUGGGGUUGCGCUUGAAAGCGCUAGCCACUGUUGCUUAACCCCCUUAAUUAGGUAGUAGAUGUCGACACUGUGUAGCAGCUAUCGCGAAUUAACAUUUUAUGCUUCGUGCUUCAUCGUUGUGAAGCGAAAAUGAUAAUGGAUUUUCAGGUGGAAUGGGCAAACUUUUAAAAUCAAAUAACAUAAAUGAAAAUCACUUUCUUCGCAUCAAAUAUGUUGCUCUAUGUAGUAGAAUAACAGGUUUUCCGCAAAUGGUGAAAAAAACCUUGAACUAAAAUAAUUUCAGGGUAUAUUUUUAUUUUAUAAUUAUGAGUUUUAGUAGGGAUUUCAGAAAAAUUAUAAAAAAUUGAAUAGGUAAGGUUCAGUGCUACGUGUUUUAUGCAUUCAAGUAACAACAAGCAAUAACUUUCAUUCAAAUUUUAGAGAUAGAAAAUUCUCUUGGGCCCACUAACCUGAUAGAGAGUAAAUUUCCUCACAAACAUAGAUUUUAACACAAGAUGUCGCACAGUUUCCUAGACACCACCAAUGAUAGUGUCCCUGCCCUAUUACAGAAAUGAUGGAGCGGGAUCAGAAAAUCCGGAUAUGCAUCAUUAUUGUCUGUCAUUUCAAUUUUGUCAACUUUACACGAUCAAUUUUAUUGUCAUUCUGACGAAGUAAUGUCAUUCUAAUUUAUCAUGUAGGGGACCCUUAAAGCCGUCGUCGUUUUAUUGCGCGACGGAGCAAGUGCAAAGGAGAUAGUUCGGUCGGUAAAAGGCUUGGAAAAGUAAUAAAUUAUCAUACACACCUACCUGGAAGAAAUACAAGUGCUGUUCUAAUACCGCUGAACCUCUGAAAAAAGUAGAAAAAAAUGAUUGAAAAGAAUCCAGCUAGAUCUAUGAGGUCCAUGGCUCGGGAAAUCUGGUGUUCGGACUUCUCAAUCUGAUGACCUUAUCCGGACCGGUGGUCCUGACCUGACCCUACCCGCUUUGUAUCUCAGGAACGGUGCUUUUUACCGAGUUUUCAGUAGUGACAUAAAAGGUAUCACAAGACUGACAAUUUGAUAAUGUGGUGACUUUUUUCUUGCUCCCUUCAUUCUAGUAUUGUAACGCCAUUUUGCGUUUUGGUUGCUUCGAAAACAGAGAAAAAAUUGUUUUAACCUGUAUGAAAAAUGAGUUCAAUGUUCUUUCAAAUUACGGAAAAAUUACAACAUCACAAAACAAGGCAAUUUGAAUUGCUUAUGGUAUCAAAAUAAGCAAUAUAUAUUAAAUCUACCUGAUAUCUGUAGUACAAUGUAUGCCGUUAUUUGUAAAAUGUCGAGGUCGGUCCAAAAGAUGGUCCUAAACCAAACUCCAGUUUUUACUUCGUGAUUAUUUAAUACGUUCACCCUGGCGCUUGUCACCAAUUGCUCGCACAAGCCUGGCUCAUCGGGUGGCGCUCUCUACCCAUUUGAUUUUGCUAUCAGUAACUUUUGAUCAACUCAAUGUAUGUUGACUGUUGGCAUUUGCGUGUGCAUUUUUAUGUGCACUUUCAUUGUGUAAUUCCACACGCGUCACUCUAAGGUUUAGUUCUAUCCUCUCUUAUAUUAUCUCCCUCUCGUUCAAAUCCAAUCUGCUCAUUAUAAAACUAUAUUAUAUUUUUUCAUUCUUCUUCGCGCACCCAUGGGUAUAUACUAACACUAUCAUUCCCGAUCGUAUUGUUGAAUUUUCGUUAGAUUAUUCCCGGCCUUUCAGAGCCGUGCUUAACGACCCGGAAGUCACCAUCUUCGAUUCCAAAAUAGCAUCGGAAUACGAUAUUCGACUUCGGCUGGGAAGACCCUUGCACACAAUACUCAUAUCGUUUGGGUUCUCCUUAUUUUUGUCAUUUAACACCAUUAUCAACAAACCAGAUGUCGAAUCAUGAUUCUGGAAUCUACGUUCAUCUAUUUUUGACAAAUCAUAGAACAAAAUUCAUUUGUAUGUUUUGAAACGAAACUGAAAUUAAUUAAAUUAAUCAUUAAUGUUCAACAGUCCGAAACAGCAAAAAGUCAGAUCAUAUCACGUCAGUAUUUGAUGUCACGUCACGCUGGAAUAGAUCGUAUACUUUUCGUGACAUGGCAACAACUUCUUGAGACAGUUCAUACUCUUCUAUUUGUGGACCGAUCUUAACCAAAUUUCACGGGUUGUUGACCCUUAUUGUAUACUAAGAGAAACACAGGUAUAAACAUGGUUGAACUUAAGUUCAUCUGAUAAAUUAAAAAACAUGCUCUAUUUUUGUGACGUGCGACGCUUCAAAAUAGCUGUUUUUCAAAUGCUUGUUUCUCAUAAAUUACAAAAUGAAACAUAUAUUUAUCCACGACUCUUCAAACAAGUAUUCAAUUAUCCAUUUAAUAAAUAAUUAAAAACAGCAAACUUUAACCCGACCCUCUCCGAUUUUUUGAAACUUGGUACUCAUGAUGAAAGCUACCCUGAAUCACAAUUUUCGUCUUUAUUUCUUUCAUAAAAUCUUAACUCAAAAUCCAGAUGUCUGAUUAAAAUAUAACAUUUGGCAAAAUUGUUGGAAAAUCAUUUAUCUAUUGCGCAAAAAUAACAUUUAGAAUACACUGUUAAAAAAUCUUACUCAAAAAUUUUAUCUCACAUUGAAAACUUUUAUAUCUCAAAACAUCCCCCUUCGAUAUUUUUCGUUAAUUUUUAUUGGAAACCUCUUCUAAUUUGACAAAAUUUGACGUAUAGUGGUGCCGAGUCGGACUCGUUAAAAUAGAGAUAUAUUAUUUUCUAAUUUAGGAAAUAUCAAUACUUUCUGAAAUCGUAACCAUUUAAGAAAAAUAAUAUGAUUAGUAGAAUCUAAAUGCGAUUCAACAUGAAAAACUAUCAAUAGCAUUUUAUCCUAGGACUAAUCGUUCUCGAGAUAUAACCAAUUUCAAUUUCUUCGAAACAACGCACUCCUAUAUCUUAUAUCUAUAAGCAUGAAAAUGGAAGGCCAAAAGUGUUGCUAAGCGCAAAACCCGAAGAAGGAAUGGUCCGAUUUGAUUCGUUUUUAUUUUGUUGUAUUCGUCUCUUCCCGUAGAUGUUAUGUUAUAGUUUAAAUUUUGAAAUUUCAUUAAACAUGUAUUCCAUGCCGCCAUGUAGCCGGCUAGUGACCAUUCUAUCCUGGAUUCCUCGAGUCAAGAAGACGCACCGCGCAAGAUAUGGGGUACAGACUAGGGGGGCGUUGCUGAUUAAUGGUCAACUGCAUCCCAACAGGAAGUAUCCCGUGUCGGGCACACGUACAGAGCAUUGGAGACAGCAACAUACCAAUUAUGAGAACUCUUGUAAUACUAACAUCGAGCCAACCGCAAGUAAUCGGUUACAUAUUACUAACAUAGUUAUAUGGCAAACAUUGUCGAAAUAUUGAACUCCCGGCCCCGUUUUGGAUAAAAAAAUGUAUUCCAUGCACCGGAGAAACCUGUUAUUUGCAAAUGAAUCAAGAAUCUUGAACAAAAAAUGUGUCUGAAAAUAACUUCAUAUUAUAAUGACGAGUUUUGGUAGAAUUAAUAGGAAAAUUAUAGUGAAAGGAAUCGUAAGGGAUUAAUUACAAUAUUAAUAAAUGGCAAGUUCUGCGAUUAAAUCCAUGUACAUUCACUUAAUAAGAAAACGUGCAUAUUCGAAAGAGUUCAUAUUUUGAUUAAUUAUGAGCGGGACGAAGUACGCCCGGUCAACUAACAACUCCGUCUUGAGAAAGGCCAUUUGGAAAACUGCGCUGCCGCCUGGUUACUAGCGUGAAUGAAUUAUUGGUGGCUUGAUUGCCAUCAAUCACUCAAUUUUCGUGAAUUCGAGCAUUGCUCUCGGGUUGAAAAUGGCGUCAACGUGCUGGAUGUGAACAAUGUACUUUCUAGCGGUGAGAACUGUGUUCUUCGGUGGAAAACUGAAGAUAAAAUAUUGUUUCACAUCGGUUACUGUCGCCACCGUUCUGCGAAAGGACUUACAUAAUUUGUGGAUUAUUCUUUGGGUGUUAUUGUAAGCGUUGGAGAUGUGAUUUUGCUAAGAGAUACUUAAAACUAUCUUGAUAUUCAAAAGUUUACUGUUUUAGUGUCGCUCUGAACAGCGAGCAAUCAACUGUACAAAUUGCCGAUUUUUCAUGGGUUUACCUUCACACGAACUGGCGAAACUACCCAUGCAGCAUCAAUCAUAGUAACCUAUGAGUCAGCAGAAAAACAUUGACAGCUCUUUUUGUCGAACGCUAACCGUGAUGGCGAAAACAGUGAAGUUACUCCGUUCAGAAGUGUGCGCCUUCAAAGAACGGUACCCCGCUGCGUCGGAAGCGGACAUCGUGCGGCACUUUGUGGACGCCGGAUACGACCGUUCCGGCAUCUACAGCAUCUUGGCACUAUUGGACAACAAACAGAGCAUCAAAAGAACGCCCGGUUCCGGAGGGCCGACGAGCCUGAUCGAUAAGAAGCUCCAAAGGAUGCUGAAGAGAAAGAUCGAGGGAAAAGUGGAUACCUAGCUGAGAGGGGAGGUCGGUGCAACCGGCCAAACAGUGAAAAAAUACCUGGCGAACAUGGACAUACACGUCGGGAAGCGGAAGUUCCGUCCACUGGUCUCGGAGCUGCAGGCAAUGACGCAGCGGCAACGGCUGAAUAUGAUGGUCAAGUUGAUUUUCCCGGCGAAUCGCGACGUGGCGGUGGUGAUGGACGACUGGCGGAGCACUUCGUAUUUUACUUCCCCCACGAAGGAAGUGAGCUACGAAGUGAAGUUUAUUUCACACACCGAAUUCACCAAGAAGGUGCUGCUGUAGCUGACAAUCAGCGAGAAGGGGAUAUCAAAGUCGCUCUUCUUUACCUCCGGACUGGCCGUGAACGGGGAAAUUUCAAGAAAUACCAUAAGAUGCGAAGAUGCGGUGUUCUGGCCGGAUCUGGCGUCGGCUCACUACUCGAAGCGAUCGUUUGAGGAGGUGAAGCGGCUGAAUAUCGAUUUGGUACCCAACCCGCCCAACAUCCCCCAGCAGCGUUCCAUCGAGAAUUUCUGGACAAACCUGAAACGUAAGAUCUACUCCAACAAUUUUAUGGCGAAAACUGAGAAGGAAUUGAUUAAUAAAAAGAAGAAAGAACUCAAAAACAUGCCUACGCAACCGAAAAAAAACCAUUUUUUUAUCAGCAAACCGAAAGCCAAAACACGUUUAUAUUUGUUUUCCGCUCGUCAGUUAUUUUCACCUAUUACCUACAGAAUAGGGAGUGUAUGUCAUAGGGGGGUCAGUUUAGGACCACCAUUUUUGAAAAUGUCGAAUAAAGGGAAUUCCGAUUUGGCGUCUGCUUCCGUCCUAUCAACACCAAUGAACCACGCCGAUCGGUAGAACACAUAGUUAAAGAGUUAUGCUAUUCAUUUCAAUACCGAAGUUGCAAAGAAACAAGAAUUUUAUGUGAUGAAUUGCCGUUUUAAUUUAAAAUGUCGGGUCAGAGCCACCCUCCCCUAUAAAUGCGAAGUUAUUUUGCUAUACCAGUCACUGUAUUUUGUUUUUCGCUAAUCUAUGUACAAAAUGUUAGAGAUUCUCAGAAUCCUAAUUGUUUCCUAAUAAGUCCAAUCGUUGUGAUAUUAUGUCAAGGAUAAAAAGAAUCAUGGUAGAGUUCCGACGUUCUUUUCAGCUUUCCGUAUUGUUUAGCAUGCAGCAUGCUUCAUUUGGAGGGAGAAGAUAUGAAGACCAACCUCGUUUACGAAGUGCAAAUAAUAAAAAUUGUUUUUGUACAGAUUCAAUUCUGUCUUCGUGUGCCUUCAAUACUCGUGAAUUGAUCUGACGUUUAUAACGUAAUUUAAUGUAACUGAACAUAUCAUUUGCUCCAUGGAUGGUUGUAUUAUAAUUAUCAAUGGAGGUUAGUUUCGAAUUUAAGACCACGCCCAAGUUUCUUACUCGUUGACGUCUAUUGAUGGAUUAAUUUCCCAGCUUAACACCAUUGUUCAAUUGUGUUCUUCUUCUUGUAAAAGACAUCAAAGUGCAUUUCCUAACAUUGAGCUGUAAUAAACUCUUAGUGCACCAAUUAUAAAAGAUGUCAACUUCAUUCUUGAGUGUUUGAGAGUAUACUUCAUUUUUUAUUACCAUAUACAGCGUUUAGAAAAACGCAAACAUCAUUAACAAAUAAAAUGAACAAAAGUGGUCCCAAAUGAAAGCCUUUAGGAACUCCAGAUGUAACAAAUAUUGGUUUAGAAAUUUUCCCAUUAAAUCUUACUAUUCGCUUGCGGUCAGUCAAAUGUGAUUCGAGCCAUUUUGAUAGCUUGACUUCUAUCCCAAUUUUUUAUGUUUAAGGAAGAGUAAUGGUAUAUUAAUACCAUUACUUACCAUGGAGGUGUGCCGGUAAGUUUCUUCGGCUUUACAACUGAUGGCGUAACUUGACUAUUAUUCCAGUGAAUCAAAUUUCCAGACAUUCGAUGAAAAGCUACUGCCAUUGCGCGUCUUUUUCAGUAUAUACCAAACAUCGACGGCCGCGCGGAAUAUUCACAGCUAGAAGAUUAUGCUGUCUAUUUGGUGGGAUCAGCUUGGUGGGGUGUACUAUGAGCAGCUAAAACCGAAUGAAACCAUUACGGGGGACCUCUACCGACGACAGUUGAUGCGUUUGAGCCGUGCACUGAAGGAAAAACGGUCACAAUAUGAGCAAAGACACGAUAAAGUUAUUUUGCAGCACGACAAUGCUCGGCACGAUCGAAAGCUUUACUGAAGUCAGUGUACAGAGCUUCAACUUGAUUACCGUUCUCCAUUGCAUUCAAAAUGAAUGGACAAAUUCCAGCAAAUUUGUUGUUGCUGAGCGCCCUUCGGAAAAAACUGUGUUGCUUAUUCGUAAUUCGUGUUUUUAGUUGUUAAAAAAGUUUUAGGUUUAUUAUGGCCUCAAAUAAUUAUGAAAUGCAAGAAAAAAUUGUUACUCCACGAUAAUUUCUCACAUCAGAUCUAUUACCAAAUUUGAAGAUUUGUACAAGAAAGGUUUUUUUUUGGAAUCUUUCCGAUCCCAAUGAUUUAUUGAAAAGCCAUAAAAGUGGAUGAGUAAAUUCAGUUGCCAUUUUUUAUAAAAACUGGUCGAAUUCCAUCAGGACCUGGCCCUCUCGUGACGUCACGCUUAUUUAAUGCGUUAAAAAUUUCACUGGCAGUUAGUUGUCUGACUCCAACAUCACAUGGAAACGAUCUCAUAUGUUUCAAUAUAAACUUCCUGGAAAAAAUGUUGCUAAGAGGUUGCAAAUUCCUUCUGGGUUAUUCUCUACGGUUUCGUCAAGGUUCAUGCGUGAUGGAAAACUAUUGCUUUUCAAUUUUGUUUUUUAAUUUUAUUUUUAUGUAAUUGAAGAAACUUUUUGGGUUAAAUUUUAUUUUGAACUCUGUUUUUGAGUUGUAAUCUUCAAAGGCGUCUUUAACAGUUUAGUUGAACUGUUCGCAAAUGUUCAGAUGGUUUUCGAGAUUAGCGUCAGAUUUGUAUUUCUUAUAAUAGCGGUCCAAUUUUAUGUUUCAAUCUCUCUACUCUCUACUCUCUCUACUCUCUCUACUCUCUCUACUCUCUACUCUCUACUCUCUCUACUCUCUACUCUCUACUCUCUCUACUCUCUACUCUCUCUACUCUCUACUCUCUACUCUCUACUCUUUACUUUCUACCCUCUACUCUCUCUACUCUAUUCUCUACUCUCUACUCUCUCUACUCUUUCUACUCUCUACUCUCUCUACUCUCUACUCUCAACUCUCUCUACUCUUUCUACUCUCUACUCUCUCUACUCUCUCUACUCUAUCUAUUCUCUACUCUCUCUAUUCUCUACUCUCUUUACACUCUCUACUCUCUACUCUCUCUACUCUCUGCCCUCUCUACUCUCUACUCUCUCUACUCUCUACUCUCUCUACUCUCUACUCUCUCUACUCUCUACUUUCACUCUCUCUACUCUCUCUAUUCUCUACUCUCUCUAUUCUCUACUCUCUGUAUUCUCUACUCUCUUUACUCUCUCUACUCUCUACUCUCUCUAUUCUCUACUCUCUGUAUUCUCUACUCUCUUUACUCUCUCUACUCUCUACUCUCUCUAUUCUCUACUCUCUCGCACUAACAAACACAUGCACACAAGCGAACGCGCACAGCCUCACACACAAGACACACGCAUAUGCGCACACUCUCUCACACAAAAAAUACAUCGCAUCUGCUGACUGCUCACUCUCUCACACUGUUUUUGUUUACAUCAACCAACCAACCAACCAAAACACACACGCACACGCACACGCACACACAAACACAUACACGCACAUGUACACGCAAACGAACACACGCAGACGCGCACGGUCUCACACACAUAACACAUGCAAACGCGCACACUCACACAAAAAACACAUCAUAGCUGCUCACUCUCUCACUCUGUUUGUGUUUACGUCGAGAAUACGACCAAUUACAACCGUUUACGACUGUUCAUGACGACCGCGCUUAUUUCUUUAGCGAUUUUAUUUAUAGUAAGAAGAAUCUUAUGUCUUCUUCCCAAAAUGGCUCUAACAUUCCUAGUGGAACUUCGCUGUCUCAUCGUAGUAUUUCUUGCGUCAUUUUCAUUAGUACUUAUUUGACAUAAUUUUUAUGUUUCUUAUGUGUUUUAUUUUUUAGAUUUUUUAUGUUUUGAUUAACCAAACCGGGUAUUUUGUGUUUAUGAUUCUUCUUUUUCGUCUCUUUGGUAUCUCCCCCUUUAUAAUUUCAUUGAUUAUUGAGUAAAAAGACAUCACUGCUGCUUCAAUGUUCUCCACGCUUAUAAAUAAACCCUGCCAAUUGAUAUAGUUUAGCUUACACUUAAUUAAUUGGUGGUUUGCUUUGAUGUAAUCUGACUUCCCCGAAUUCAUAAUCAAAUGGUUUUUGUAUGUUGUCUAUAAACAUACAGUAUUCAAAAUCAUGUGGAAAGCUUCAUUUUUCCAUAGUAGAGUUAUUGAUUCAGCCACACAGAAAUUUUUUGUCAUAUUUGUCAACGAGAAAUCCAAAAAGCACUUCUGUCGAUUAUAAACAUUGUUGAUUUGAUUCGAUCCAAGACUGGCUAUUUUAUUGAAAAUAAAUUGCAGAGUCUUAUUAUCACGAACAACUGGAAACAAGAUAAUUCAUUAUCAAAAUCAGUGCUAAAAUCCACAUUAUGUUGAUUGAAAUCCCCGUAUAUGUGAAUUUUUUGUUCUGGUGCUAAGGAAGAUUAUUUCAGCAACUCAUUUCGAAUUUCUUAUAACAACUUAUUUGAGCAUGAUCAAAUGGGAAGUAAACAGAUGCAAAUAACCACUUUUCACAAUCAAGUUGCAUUGCCCUUGUUGUGCCCUUCAUAGCGAACGAUCACAUUAGCAGGAAAUUAUCGGGAAUCCUGAUGUUUUUUUAUUAUUAUCAGGGUUGCCACAUAUACAGAAUAUUCUAUAUUUUACAGACUUUUUGGCAAAUUUCAGAUACAGAAUCUGUAUAUACAGAAUAACAGAUUUUCAGCGAAGAAUUUACAGUUUUUUUUAAAUUCAAUUUUAAAUAUUAUUUUUAUUACAGUGCAUACAUAGAUAUCUUGAUUUAUAAAAAAGUGGAACACAUCGCAACGAGAUGGCAGUUGUUGGAGGCAGUUGCUAAGAAAAAUUUUGAGCGAUUUGAAAAGCUUAAACUAUUCUUCUCGUUCCAUGUUAAUUAUGACCAUAAUCAAUUUGCCAAUCGUGUAUUGACUCACUUCCUAUGACUGAACCCAUUAUGAUGUGCCUAAUCUUUGUUCUGCCGCUCAUCAAUAACGACAACUGCACUUUUCAAUCAGGAAGGUCUCAAUUUGGCAAAAUUUGUAAUGAGACAAGGAUGUUGUUGUUGAUCAUGUUGGGUAACAUAUGUUUGGAGAGUUACGUGCAAUGAUUCGCUGAUGCUGACCUUGAUAUGAAAUAUUUUGAAGUCUUUCUGAAGAAGCCUGAGGAUAUUUACAUUGUAUCGAUAUCGAAGAAGCUGGAGUAUGCAGCUAGGAAGCUGACCUGCAAAUCGAUUUGUCGGGACUUAUAUAUUUAACUAGUGCAACAGAUUUCAAAGCGAUUUGAUUUCAACGAUCCGGGUAUCAAAACUGCGACCUUGAUAAACCUCCAAAAUUUCGUCAAGCUACCAAACCUUAAUGAUUUGAAGCGCUAAUUCCCUCAACUCGUUGAAGCAGAUAAUAGACAAGGAUUGGAAAUUUGUUGUAGCCUGAACUCAAGACGAAUCUAAUGGGGCAAAAAUUGAGUGACUCUGAUAUAACUUGGUUCCAAUUUUUGUAUCCAUUGGUAAGGUUGUUUGUAAGACACUUUUUGAAAAUCGGUUGGCACUCAUAGUUCUUCGGCUCAAGAAGGAGUUUCAAGGAUGAAAUUGACGGAACAUUUGAAGUCAAAGUUCAACAAAACCAUGUAUAAACAUCAUACAAUUCAGCGGAUUAUGAGAAAACCUUUUUUAUGACAUACUAGCUGACCCGGCAAACUUCGUCUCGCCCAAAAUUAGUUUUUUGUUAUCUAUACCUUCAAAACUUUCACGUUUUCUUACUAUGAGCAAGUUCAUGGGUCCAAUCGCAGAACUGUUCAUUGUUUGAUGUUCUAAUCGACCCCGUUGAAUUUACCUUUUACUAUAAAAUUCCUAGUAUUUAUAACAAAACUCAUCAUUGUAAUAUCAGAUUCUUUUAGACACAAUUCUCGUUCAAGAUUUUUCACUUUCACUUGUCACUAUGUAAUUGUAGAACGUAUGGGAAUUUGAUUUUCCGAAUUUUCCCUUUCCUUCAGAGUUUUCCGAAAAUUUUCAAUUGUCAUGUUUGGUUGGAAUAUUUUUAGUUGAAAUAUGUGUAAUAUUUUUUAAUGAGACCCCCUCUCCAUUCCAGAGAAGGGAGGAGUGUCAUACCAUCAUACAAAUAUUUAUCAUACCCAAAAACUUUGUGCUUGAUUAGUUCUCGAGUUGUGCAUAAGUUUGUGUUUCAUUUGUAUGACAGCCUCCCCUUAGAGAGGGAGAGGGGUAAAUUCACCAUAGCGUAAUUCACUAUAGAGUAAUGCAGAACUUUGUGUUUCAUUUGUAUGGCAGCCCCCCUUAGAGGGGGUGGAGAGUCUUACCACCAUAUAAACAUUUAUUGCACCCUAGAACCUCCACAUGCCAAAUUUGAUAUCAUUUGCUUGAUUAAUUCUCGAGUAAUGCAGAAAUUUGAGUUUUAUUUGUAUGCAAGCCCUCCCUUAGAGAAGGGGGUGGAGAGUCUAACCACCAUAGAAACAUUUAUUACACCCUUAAUCCCUUAGAGAGGGAGAGGGGUAAAUUCACCAUAGCGUAAUUCACUAUAGAGUAAUGCAGAAAUUUGUGUUUCAUUUGUAUGGCAGCCCCCCUUAGAGGGGGGUGGAGAGUCUUACCACCAUAUAAACAUUUAUUGCACCCUAAAAUCUCCACAUGCCAAAUUUCAUUUCAUUUGCUUGAUUAAUUCUCGAGUAAUGCAGAAAUAGGUGUUUCAUUUGUAUGGGAGCCCCCCCUUAGAGAGUGGGAUGGAGAGCAUAACUACCAUAAAAACAUUUAUUGCACCCUAAAACUUUCACAUGUCAAAUUUGGUUUCAUUUGCUUGAAUAAUUCUCGAGUAACGUUUUUGUGUUUAAUUUGUAUGGGAGCCCCCCCUUAGAGAGAGGGGGGGCUCAAACUAUCACGAAAACCUUCCCCGGCCCCAGAAACCCCUACAUACCAAUUUUCAUGUUGAUCGGCACAGUAGUUUCCGAGUCCAUAAGAAUCAGACAGACAGACAGACAGAUAUCCAUUUUUAUAUAUAUAGACUAGCUGACCCGGCAAACUUCGUCUCGCCCAAAAUUUGUUUUUUGUUAUGAAUACCUUCAAACAUUCACGUUCAUAAACGUAUGAGCAAGUUUAUGGGUCCAAACGCAGAACUGUUCAUUGAUUGAUCUUCUAAUCGACCCCGUUUAAUUUUGUAUGGCAGCUCCCAUUAGAAAGAGGGGUGGAGUGUCUAACCACCAUAGAAAUAUUUAUUGCACCCUAAAACCUUCACAUGCCAAAUUUGGUUCCAUUUGCUUGAUUAAUUCUUGAGUAAUGCAGAAAUUUGAGUUUUAUUUGUAUGGCAGCCCCUCCUCAGAGAGAGAGGGGUGGAGAGUCUAUUCACCAAUGGAAACGUUUCGUGUCCCCUGUAACAUUCGCAUGACAAAUUUGGCUCCAUUUGCUUGAUUAGUUUUCGAAUUAUGCAGAAAUUUGUCUUUCAUUUGUAUGGCAGCUCCCCCUCAGAGAGGGGGGGAAGUGUCUCACCAUCGUAAAAACAUUUAAUGCACCCUAAAAUCUCCACAUGCCAAAAUUAGUUUCAUUUGCUUGAUUAAUUCCCGAGUAAUGUAGAAAUUUGUGUUUAAUUUGUAUGGCAGAUACCCCCUUAAAGAGGAGUGAGGGAUCUCAAACUAUCACGAAAACCUUCCCCGGUCCCAAAAACCCCUACAUACAAAUUUUCAUGUUGAUCGGUUCAGUAGUUUCCGAGUCCAUAAGAAUCAGAGAGACAGACAGACAGAAAUCCAUAUUUAUAUAUAUAGAUUAUGUUGUAUUGAUACGACUUUUACAACCCAUAAAUAAUGGAUGGGAUGACCUUGGAGGCAACCUCUGUGUACGCGGGGUCAAACUUCGGCACUCUCGUUCCAUUGGUAGAAUUAGGGAUCAUUGAAACAUUGCCCAUCGACCACUAUUUUAUUUUUUCAGACAGUCUCAGCUCAAUAGAGGCAAUCCGCUCAAUGAAAGUUGAUAAACGCUCAUCUUAUUUCCUAACAAGAAUAAGACAUCUAUUGAGUGUUUUGGUCGAAAAAUUAUUCAAGAUUACCUUAGCAUGGGUUCCCUCUCAUUGCUCGAUUCCAGGAAAUGAGAAAGCGGACUCGCUAGCUAAGGUGGGCGCUUUAGAAGGCACACUUUUUGAAAGGCAAAUUGCUUAUAAUGAAUUUUUCCACAUUCCUCGUCAGUACACGCUCGUAAGUUGGCAGCGCAUGUGGAGUGGAGAUGAGUUCGGUCGUUGGUUACAUACGAUUAUCCCUAAGGUCUCGACGAGUGCAUGGUUCAAGGGAUUGAAUGUAGGUCGUGAUUUCAUUCGCGUGAUAUCUCGGCUUAUGUCCAAUCACUACAACCUAAACGCGCAUCUCUAUCGCAUUGGGCUCGCAGCAAACAAUCUUUGUGAUUGUGGCGAUGGCUACCACGACAUCGAGCAUGUUGUCUGGUCGUGUAUCCGGUUCCAUGCUGCUCGCUCUCAGCUCUCUAGAGCACUGAGAGCACAAGGCAGACAAUCGGAUAUCCCCGUCCGGGAUAUCUUAGGUAGCCGGGAUCCUGAUCUUCUGCUUCAUCUAUACCUGUUCCUCAGAAACGCCGAUGUCAACGUUUAAUGAUGUUUCCUUCGUUGUGUCCCCGUUUCAUAUCCCUCCUAUCCGAUCGAUAAACUUUUACUUAGUCGCGGCAAUACAUACACACACUCUUUACAGAUGCACGGGCCGAAGGUUGUACCGCUCAUGACAACUCUACACGAGCUGAUGAUUGCGCCGGCUAGUGACCACUCUAUCCUGGAUUCCUCGAGUCGAGAAAGACGCACCACGCUAGAUAUGGGGUACAGACUAGGGGGGCGUUGCUGAUUAAUGGUCGGCUGCAUCCCAAUAGGAAGUAUCCCGUGUCGGGCACACGUACAGAGCAUCGAAGACUGCGACAUACCAAUUAUGAGAACACUUGUAAUACUAACCUCGAGUCAACCGCGAGUAAUCGGUUCCAUAUUACUAACAUAGUUGUAAGCAAACAUUGUCAAAAUAUUGAACUCCCGGCCCCGUUAGGCUGACGCCAUAUGAGCCUUAAUAAAAAUAUAUAUUUUGGAUUAAAAAAAACCCCAUAAAUAAGAAACAUAAAUUAAAAAUGUAAACCUAAAAACCUUUAUUUUCAUUGUUCUUUUCCCGACACAGAUUUUUCAUACAGAUUUUUUUGCUAUAAAUACAGAUAUAUAGAUUUUUUCAGAAAAUUGUACAGAAUUAAAUGUGGUAACCCUGAUUAUGAUGGACCUGAAUUCUAGAAGACUGGAAUUAGAACCAUGAUCGCUUAUCUGUUUGAAUUCUAAAGCGAUUUUUAUCAUCAAGACCAGUAUUCCGAUCAAUUAUAACAAUAAUGAUUAAAAACGAAGAAAUUAUUUUUAAAAAAAUAUAACAAAAAUCAUUUUCCCUAAAAAUCCCCGCUGGGCACACCGUAUUCAUUUAAUGCAUAAGCACGUAUAGGCAAAGGGGAGCACUGAACAACACGAGUCACCAUUCUGACUAAUCUAUGUUUUGUGUU